CGGGGACCCGUAGCGGGCUCGCGCGGGCCGAGGCCUUGCCUUGCCUUGCCGUGGAGCCUGGCGUCUGAGGAAAAAUGCUGAGAAGUCUGAAAGGGCUUGUCUGCCAUCCUCUGAAGUUGGACCAUGGAUAUGCUCUCCAUACAGCAGCCAAAGAUUGCUUAAGUUCUGUCCUCAGCCAGGAUGUCCAAAUCCCAGCAGAGAGACCAAGAGCAGUUUUCUAUACCAACGAGACUGACCCGGCCAACCACACAGAACACCACGAGGGUCGCCACUAUAGCAUUCCCCUUGAGGAGGUGAAAGCUGUUUUUCCACAUGGAUUGCCCUACCGUUUCCAGCAGCAGGUGAAGACCUUCAAUGAAGCCUGCCUGAUGGUGCGAAAACCAGCUUUAGAACUUUUCACUUACCUGAAAAACUCCAACUUUGCCCACCCAGCUGUCAGAUAUGUGAUCUAUGGUGAGAGAGGAACAGGGAAAACCAUGACCCUGUGCCAUGUGGUUCACUUCUGCGUGAGGCAAGGCUGGCUGGUGCUGCACAUCCCAGAUGCUCAUCUCUGGGUGAAAAACUGCAAGGAGCUUAUGCAGUCUUCCUAUAAAAAGGAACGGCUUGAUCAGCCUUUGCAAGCAUCUUCCUGGCUCAAGAACUUCAAAACCUCAAAUGAACACUUUCUAAAAGAGAUAAAAACACAACAAAAAUAUGUGUGGGGCAAACGAGAAAGUACGGAGCAGGGCAGACCACUGGGUGAAGUGGUAGAACAGGGUUUAGCUCGAGUGAGGAGUGCCAGCGAUGCUGUAGGGGUGGUGAUGAAAGAGAUAAAGCAGCAAUGUCAUCUUGGUUCGUUUAGAGUUCUUGUGGCAGUGGACGGAGUCAACGCGCUCUGGGGAAGGACUACAUUAAAAAAAGAAGACAAAAGUCCUGUUUCUCCAGAGGAGCUGACACUAGUGUACAACCUAAGAAAGAUGAUGAUGAAUAACUGGAACGGAGGUGCUAUUGUGACAACACUUAGCCAGACCGGCUCUCUAUUCAAACCAAGUUCUGCAUAUUUACCCCAUGAGUUACUAGGAAAGGAAGGAUUCGACGCUUUGGAUCCUUUUGUCCCUGUCCUGGUUCCCAACUACAGCCAGCGGGAAUUUGAGAGCUGCUACCACUACUACCUCCAUCGGAAAUGGCUUCAGCACGAGCAAGCGCGCACGGAGGCCGGCAAGGAGGAGCUGCGCUUCCUGAGCGGCUCCAACCCGCAGCAGCUGGAGCGCCUGGCGGGGCCGCUGUAGCGCCAUCAAUAAAGGGCGGAGCCACUCCCGG